AUGUAUGCUGACGAUCAGUCAUCCAGUGGUGAAAAUUAUAUUGAUCAUUCUGGAAGUUUCAUAAACUAUUCCAUUUUCAUCAUUAGUCAUAUUGAUCGAUUGAAGCCUAUCACUUUAGUAUCUGAUUGCCAUUUUGAAAAAAAAACAAUUUUCUUUUUAUUAUUUCGAUUUGAAGAGGUCACUGAAGAAAAAUCUAUUGAAGAUUUAAUAGAAGAAACCAUAGGCAAGUUGAAUGAGUUAGGAAAGAAAAUUCGAAAAUCUAUGAUCCAGUUAAAAGUAAACAGAGGACGAAUUAAUGGAAUGAUACAACUACACCAGAAAAAAAAUCGAAUCGAUUCAUAUACGCAUUGUGUUAGUAAAAUGUACGAAUUUAAAAAAGAAACAGGGCUAUUAGGAGACUACAAUUUCAACAAAUCUAAUACUCUGUUAGCUUGUUUCCGUCAAAAAAACAACGCUAAGAAAGUUGACAACAGUUUGCACAAUACAUUUAUAGAAGAGAAAAUUUCACAUGUUCGUAAUUAUAGUGUGCAUUUCUUUGAAUAUCAAGUACUUGUAGAAGUCGCUAGACAAAUGAACAUAACAAAGUAUCCAAACUAUCUACCAAUGAAAUAAAAUGAAACUUUAACAGUACUGCUGUCCUCAUUUUCGCCUUUUCG